UUCAAAGAUACUUUAUUAUUUUGCCAUCCAUCAUGGUGAACGAGCCGAUCCCAUGUGUGGCGUGACGUCACAUGCAAAGGGUCAAUACCGACGCAGACAGAGAAGUAUAAAUCCGGCUCAAAGACUGAAAACUGGGUGUUUCUUUGGAAGGAGCCUUGAAAAGCUAAGUAGGAGUAAUCGAUUUCAGUUGGGGAAACAAAAUAAAUCUGGACUAAAGAUGAGAAGGUUUCCACUGUGCAAAGGAAUGCAUAUUAAGGUUAUUGCUAUAUGCUGGCUGCUGUGAUUCUUUUUCUUUUUUUCCCAGACGAUGCUUUUCAAAGUGCAGUAUAUAGGGAAAAAACGCUAUAUCAAGCUCAAUGGAGCCUCAUAUUCUACAUUCCUCAGUCAAGCCAAGGAGAAGUUUGGCAUCCAAGAUGAUAAAAGGAUGUAUCUUGUGGAUGAAACUGGGACAGAAGUAGAUGAGGAUGUCUUUACUGAUGUUCUGGAGGAGAAAUCAGACAUUAUCUGGACCCUCGUUGAUGCCUCUUCUGUAGAAGAAUCUUCGGUGCAGUCCUCAUGCACAGACACGCUCUCCUUGUCAUCUUUUUCAUCAGACAGCGAGUUAUCUGUUCUGUCCCCUAAAAGACGUCGCAUUGAUGAAACCACGAUGAUGUCCCCAAGAAGAGAUCAAAAUGACGACGCUUCUUUUCAAGCCAAAGAGCUUGUUGAAAAACUUCUGCAAACCAAGCCAGGAGGUGAGAAAAUACUCAAAGAAUACAGACAAACAAGAGAGGUUAAGGACCCAUUACGGCGGAAGUUGGUCAACAUGGUUGUAUCGGCGAUGAUUGAGCAGUAUGGGACUGCUCCACCAAUGGAUGUAAGGACACGUUAUGCAUUAGGAAUCGUCACCCUGUUUCCCUGUCUGAAAGACCCAUACUCUGAAAAAGGAUAUGAGCACUUUUUUGAUUCCAAAAGUAAUGAAGGCUACAUCGCUUGGAAACUAAAAAACAUGCAGCGUGAACUCCAUGGUGGCAGGAGAAGGAGCAGCACAAGUAGAGAUCCAUCAAGCAACAGAGGACCACAGUUUGGAAGACCCGUGAAUGCAGAGCAUCAGUUGGAGGGCGAUCUGUGCAGAGAGGCCAUUUCCCUGCUGAGACACAGCACAGAUGAAAGCCAGAUCUUCUUGAAAAUGGAACAAACAUUUAAGCACAGACAAGAACUAAUUCAGGAUUCAGAGAAGUGUGAGACCAUCCUUAGUGUGUUCCCAAGAUUCCUGGACACAAAAGGCCUGGUGGUACAGGAUUUCCAGAUGAUGUUUGGAGAAGAAGUCUCAUCAAAACUAAUGGAAAAAUGGGGAACCUCUUUGAAGGUGAAAGUCAUCAAAGAAGCCAACAACCUCACAAAGACACCGGUACUGGAGUCCCUCAUUCAGUCUGCAGAGGAGAGCCCAGAAGGAAAUGAUGAAUCAACUUGGGACAGUGACAUGGCAGCUCUGUUAUUGCUGGUUUACCUCCUACCUCCACCACCCGGUGGGAAGAAGAGACCUGUAAAGAUCACCGUUCGAGAAGCUCUGAGCCAUGUUGUCCGCUUUCACAAAUCAUGCCGCAACCUUCAAGAGACGACCAGUUCAGUGCAGGGGAGGCAGCCCUACAUUCUGGCGGUUGGAACAACACGUCGCACCAUCAAUGACUACUACAUUGUGGUGGAUGGUCAGCUCAUUCCCUGCAAGGCUAAGUCCUCUAUUUCAGCCUUUGACGAACUUUUCAAAGCGCACUAUGUGUUUGGCAUCUCUUACGAUCAGGCCCUGCACAAUAUGUAUACAUUUGUGCAGACCACCAUUUAUAAUAUAGAUGUUGGUCUGUGUCAUGAAAGUCCUAGGGUGAAGGAUCUUAGAGCAAAGCUCCUCAACUGAAUCAGCUACACAAAAAGAUGCUUCGAUGUUUUGUUUGCAAGUCUACCUUUUGCACUGUCAAAGGCUUGGUUCGGCAUCUGAAGUUUUCUCAUGGAUUUUACCCUGGUUUGAAAUUUAAACUGUUAUGUGACCAAGAUGGAUGUUGUCAGAGGUUUUGCACCUUUUCAGGAUUUAGAAAACACCUUCAGAACAAGCACAGAGCUAGAAUUGUAGAUAAUUUUGAGGAAAAACUAAAUCAGCAGUAAAUCACUCAUUUGAGCCAUCUUGUGCUUUUGAAGAGCCAUCUUGUUCUUCUGAAGAACAACCACAAAGUUCAACUAGCAGUGAAAUGGAAAAAAAAAAAACUCAAGACAUGUGUGCAUCUGUGAUUGCAAAUCUUCUAGGUUGUGGUGUUGCAACCAGUAUAAUAAAGUCCGUUGUUCAAAAUGUGGAGGAACUUGUAGAUGAAGUUCAAACAAAUAUCAAAGAAGAUCUUCUAAACAUAUGUUCUGACAAUGAGGAUUUGAAUGUCCAGUUGGGUAAUUAUUUCAAAAAUCUUGAGAAUCCAUUCAGUAAUGUUAACACAGAGGCAAAAUGGAAGAAACAUUUUAUAGAGAAAUGGGGGGUUAUCGAACCCAUUGAGAUUGCCCUUGGUGUCCGAUAUGAUGCAAGAAGAAAUCAAACCUCUUGUACAUAUGAUCAGGUUCCAGUAACAGAUAAGUUUGUCUACAUUCCCAUAUUAGAGACGUUAAAAUUCAUUUUUUCCAACAAAGAGAUAUUUAGCAAUUUUGUUCAGCCUUCAAAUCAACAUUUUGUGUACAAAGAUUUCUGUGGUGGAAGUUAUUUUAAAUCUCAUCCCCUCUUCUCCAACAACGAAAAUGCUCUCCAAAUUCAGAUUUUCUUUGAUGAGUUUGAAACAGCAAAUCCACUUGGGUCAAAGCAUGGCAUUCAUAAAAUUGGAAGUAUUUACUUUGUUCUUAGAAACCUGAGUCCAAAAUUUAAUUCUGCUCUCAUGAAUAUCCAUCUCAUUGCACUAUUUCACAGUCAAGAUAUGAAAAAAUAUGGCAUUAAUGCAAUCUUGGAGCCCCUGGUACAUGAUCUCAAAAUCCUUGAGUCCUCAGGAAUCACUCUUCCUUUUUCCAAAAGUCCAGUUCAUGGAACAGUUGCGCAAGUCACCGGGGACAAUUUAGGUUUGCAUACACUGCUUGGAUAUGUUGAAUCUUUCAGUGCAAACUAUUUUUGCCGUUUCUGUUUGACUGACAAAGAGGUCUGUCAAAAACUUUUUACUGAUGAUGACCCAGACUUGACCCUUCGCAGUAAAGAACUCCAUGUUCAGCAUUGCCGUGAUAUACAGGACCCUGCAGUAACAUCAUCAUUUGGGGUGAAGAGAAUGUGCAUACUCAAUGAUCUGCAGUAUUUUAAUGUUUCUGACAACUAUGCUGUAGAUAUUAUGCAUGACAUAUUGGAGGGAGUAGGGCAGCUGGAGUUAAAGUUGCUGUUUGGAUACCUCUCAGACAACAAAAUAAUUUCCAAAAAUGAGGCAACUGAAAGAAUGUACUCGUACAACUAUGGAUUUCUUGAACGAAAAAACCGUCCCAGCAGAAUAAACCUAGAGCAAAUGAGUAACUCAAUAGGUCUAAAUGCUAUUCAGACAUUUUGUUUGAUCAGGAAUGUACCACUGAUAUUUGGAGAUGUAGUUCCAGAAGGCAAUGCACACUGGAGACUAUUGCUACUGCUUCUUCAAAUAAUCAAUCUUGUGUUUUCACCGGUCAUUACAGAAGGCAUGACUGUAUAUCUGAAGCAUCUCAUUAUUGAUCAUCAUACGCUAUUCAAAGAGCUGUACCCACAACAGAACCUCAUACCCAAACACCACUUCAUGACACAUUAUCCUCGAAUCAUACGAAAAAUUGGCCCAAUUAUUCACUUUUGGUCAACCAGAUUUGAGGCCAAGCACAGGUUUUUUAAAAACACUGUAAAAAAUUUCAAAAACAUUACCAAGACUUUAGCUCAAAAACAUCAAAUGGCAAUAGCAUACCACUGGGAGUCAUUGCCUUUGAAAAGCAUUGAUUCUGGACCUGUUAACACAGUAAAAAUAAGCGAGUUAAGAAAUGGUGACAUGGUGGCUGAUAACCUGCACGUUGACAUGAACUCAGAGGUUGAUGUGGUAUCUUGGGUUGCAUGUUAUGGAACCGAGUAUCGCCCUGGACUUGUUGUGUGCUCAAAGAUUGAAGGGGGAAUACCAGUAUUCAGUCAAAUAAGUGAAAUUAUUGUUUGUGCUGGAAAAUAUUUUCUGGCAGUGGAACACUUUGAGACGCUAGGAUUUGCUGAGCAUUUUCACUCGUACCAUGUGGCAAAGGGAAGUGAGUUUGAUACUUCUCUGUUGAGGGUUGAUUUGUUGCAGUUUUUCAAACCAUUUGAUCUUCAGACAACUUACGGUUUUGAGAGGAAUGAUUUGUUCGUGGUUCUUGUGCAUGUGCUGUUAUAGCAGACAUCAAAAAAGUAAAAGAUAUUUUUGUUUUAGGAUAGGUCCAGUUUGGUGGGUGAAAAAGCACUUUUGUUUUAGAGACAAUUGCACAACACCUGUUUAUGAAACAGAUUCUGCUUCUUUGCAUCAUUUGUUCCUCAUUUUGAGAUUCAUUGUACAGUAAACAUGAAGACUAUAUGCUUAAGUGACUGAAGGAUGUCCUUUGUUUUCUCACAAUUUUUGUGACAAAUUGUAACACAUUUUAGUGUUUCCAUUUUCAAAUAAAUAUUUGAAAAUUC